CCAUAUCUCUCUCUUCUCUCACUCUGUCUGUGAGUUGGUUUUUUGAGUAGAGAGUUCAAACUGUUCCGCGAGACUCACGCUCGCUUUCUCUGCUCCACUCCAAAAAAGAAAAGAAAAAAUAUAAAUUAUAUAUAUAAUUACCAUAUAUCACCGUUUCUUCGUCCUGAUCCCCUCCCAGUGCCACCCAAGAAAAGCGCAAAAAUACACACUCACAGAGUGAGAGUGUGUACCCGAAAGAGUGUGUGAAAAAAGCCCUGGAAAUCCGGGCAUGGCGUCUUCGAAGGUAGUAACGACCAAUCCUGAUCCGCCACGACAGUCCUCUAUUUGUUCCCUCUCUACCAUACUCGCCGAUCUCCAACAGCCACAGCAAAUAAGCCCCUCCCCCUCCAAGACCCUCGUCGCCUCCCUCAGCAUGGACGACUUCUUGAAGAACCUUUACUCCUCCGACCAGGCCCAAAACCAGCUCUCACUGCCGGACCCCCAUGACCCCGACGGCUCUUCCUCGAUCUCCCACCCGAAGGAGCUAGGCGACAAGACGGUGGACGAGGUCUGGAAGGAGAUCGUGACUGGGUCGGAUAAUCAGAGGGAAGGCGGGGGUGAGCUGGAGGAGAUGACUCUGGAGGACUUCCUGACCAAGGCUGGGGCGGUGAGGGAGGAGGAUGUCAGAGGCGGAGGGGUGCUUGCGGUGGUGCCGGGGCCAGGGGGCUUCGCCGUGGAGUCCUCGGGGGCGGUGGGGUUCGAAGGGAAAGUCGGGGUUGGACGAGGGAGGGCAAAGAGAAGGGCCGUAGAGGAGGCGGUGGUGGACAAGGCCACGCAGCAGAGGCAGAGACGGAUGAUCAAGAACCGAGAGUCCGCCGCCAGGUCCAGGGAACGCAAGCAGGCUUACACAGUUGAGCUAGAAUCUCUGGUGACCCAGCUGGAGGAGGAGAAUGCACGGCUGUUAAGGGAAGAGGUUGACCAGAACAAGGAGAGAUUCAAGCAGCUCAUGCAGAACCUCAUUCCAGUUGUGGAGAAGCGAAGACCACAACGACGUGCUCUUCGCAGAGUUCAUUCUGUGCACUGGUAGGUUUGGUUUCUGUGGCCUGUGUAAUUCAAAGCUACAGAAAGGGAGUUGAUGAAGCAGGAAGACAACUUUAUAGAGUGAUAAAAUAGAAAGCGUUGAAACAGGAAGGAAAAAAACGUGUCAGAUUAAUAUAUAUAUAUAUAUAUUUUUUUUGAAAAAAAAAAAAUAAAAGAACUCAGGUUACUUUUGCUGGUUAUCUUGUAGAAGCAGUUGGGAGUUGAUUUGUAAAGUGGAGCUGAGAGCACCCUAGUCUUGAAGUGGUUUCAUUAGGUCCGAAGAUGAAAGUCAAUGUAAUCCACAUCUCGUGGGAUAAUCCAUGACAAAUUAUCUGGUGAAUUUGCUUGGAGAUUGUAAAAAGAAACUAACAGAAAAAGAGAAGAAAAAAACCUUUCCAUAUAGUUUUUCCCUCAGCCUGAUGGAAGGGGAACCUGAUACAUCUAGACGAAUUUGUACUAGUAUUGCGUUACAUGUUUAUAUACAUGUGAAAUUAAGGAGCAUAACAUGUAUGAUUUCUGAUAUGAAA